GAGAAGCUGAAUAGCUACUUCUGGCUGGCCUGAAGCCUGAACUUUAGAAGAGAAAGAGACAGAGGGCUGACUGAGUGGCAUGAUGGGAGAGAAGGCUAAGAGCAGGAAAGGGGGGAGUGCUAGCCCUGCAGCUAUCAGUACCAGUAGGAGGAGAAGAGAGAGUUUAAAGGGGAGGGGGGAGGAAAAACAUGAGAGAGAAUGAGACACAGGCUGACUGCUUGGAUUUGAAGGGGAAGGAAGGAAGGAAAGAAGAGAGGAGAUUGUUGCAGCUCUCUGAGAAAGGAGUGUGGAUGUUUGCAGUGUGAGAAGGCCACAGCAAGUCUGUGACUAGUGUCACUGAAAGGACACUGGGAAGACAGACCCGGACACACACAGAUAUCCUCUCUGUGCCAUACCCCAGUGACCAAUGAAUGAGCAUCCUUGUAAAGAGAGCUCAAGGCAGAUGUCAUGGCGUCCAACCUACCGAAGCUCCAAGUUUCGAAAUGUCUACGGAAAAGUAGGCAACCGGGAGCACUGCUUCGACGGUAUCCCCAUCACCAAGAACGUCCAUGACAACCACUUCUGUGCCGUCAACUCCAAGUUCCUGGCAGUCGUCACCGAGAGUGCCGGCGGCGGCUCUUUCAUCGUCAUACCUGUGCCCCAGUCUGGCCGCCUAGACUCACAUUACCCAAAAGUGUGUGGCCACCAAGGCAAUGUGCUGGAUAUCAAGUGGAAUCCUUUCUUUGAAAACAUCAUAGCCUCCUGCUCAGAGGAUACUUCGGUGCGAGUAUGGGAGAUCCCAGAGGGCGGUCUGAGGCGCAACAUGACGGAGGCGGUGCUGGAGCUGUACGGCCACAGCAGGCGGGUGGGUGUGAUUGAGUGGCACCCCACCAGCAGCGGCAUUCUCUUCAGCGCCGGCUAUGACUACAAGAUCCUGAUCUGGAACCUGGAGAUCGGAGAGCCGGUGAAAAUGAUCGACUGCCACACUGACGUUAUCCUUAGCAUGUCCUUCAACACUGACGGCAGCCUGCUGGCCACCAGCUGCAAAGACAAGAAGCUGCGAGUCAUUGAGCCGCGCUCCGGGGCCGUCCUUCAGCAAGCCAGCUGUAAGAACCACCGCGUGAACCGGGUGGUGUUUCUGGGCAACAUGAAGCGACUGCUCACCACAGGGGUCUCACGCUGGAACACCCGGCAGAUCGCUCUCUGGGACCAGGAGGAUUUGUCUAUGCCAAUUGUGGAGGAGGACAUAGAUGGCCUCUCAGGGCUGUUGUUUCCUUUCUAUGAUGCUGACACACACAUGUUGUACCUGGCAGGCAAGGGCGACGGCAACAUCCGGUACUUUGAGAUUACCACAGAGAAGCCAUACUUACAAUACCUAAUGGAGUUCCGGUCCCCGGCGCCGCAGAAAGGACUCGGUGUGAUGCCGAAGCACGGGCUGGACGUGGGAGCGUGCGAGGUUUUCCGCUUCUACAAGCUUGUCACCCUGAAGGGUUUGAUCGAACCCAUCUCGAUGAUUGUACCGAGGAGGUCGGACACAUACCAGGAGGACAUCUACCCCAUGACCGCGGGAACAGAACCUGCGCUGUCUGCAAGCGAAUGGCUGAGCGGCAUUAAUAGAGACCCAGUCUUGAUGUCCCUGAAGGAGGGUUACCAGCGACCAAACCAGUUAGUGUUCAAGGCCCCAGUGAAGGAAAAGAAGAGUGUGGUAGUGAAUGGGAUCGACCUGCUAGAGAAUGUACCACCCAGGACAGAGAACGAGCUCCUGAGGAUGUUCUUUCGGCAGCAGGAUGAAUUGCGGCGGCUGAAGGAGGAGCUGACCACCAAGGAUGUGCGAAUACGCCAGCUGGAGCUGGAGCUCAACAACCUGAAGAACGUUAGCCCCAACAACGUCUGACCUCUCAACUUCCUGGACUGGCAAAGCUGCUUCCUUUGCCCCAAAUUCUGACCUCCAACAAGCUUCUGAGCCCUCCUAAGCCUCUUUUUUGAUAAAUUGUAUCUUCAUUCCUGCUGCCCUGCAAAAUGCAUACACUAAUAUGAUAAGUGUUGGAUAAUGUCUUAACUGGUGCAAUUACUGGAAAAUAGUAAUAUUAACAAAUGUGAUAAGUAAUGCAGACGAGGCAGUGUUCAUGGAUUGCCACCUUUACAUGAACUCGAUGAGGGUUGUUCGAGAUCCAAUCCAUUUAGUAUUAUCUAUGUUUUUACAACUUAUUCUUGAUCUAGCACACUUGUGUGUUAUGAUCAGUUGUUGCAUAUUUUCUGCUAGACCUCUAGAGUGUUUGUCUCACUGUGCCUACAUGGCCAUUCACGAUGCAAUACUUUGAUCAUUACGCAAAAAAAAACCCAACCUCUUAUAAUGACCAAACCACAAUCCUCAUUUUUUGCUGAGGCAAAUCUGGAGGAUAAAAAGACUGUCACGCUGGCUCCUAUUUUGCUUCCACAAGGCCUUACUCCCUGCUGCAGACACCGUUUGCAGCGAGCUGCAGCAUCAUUUCAAAAUGGCUGACGUGAAGUAUUUUUGCACCUGACAGACGACAAAAGCUUUUGCAGACUUGGAUCAUGAUUUUCACGAGCUGAUUAUCCCGUCCCUUUUUUUUCAACCUAACAGAUGUUACUGGCUAUAAAUUGAUUUUACAAUACUGACUAUUAGCUACCCGUAUGCAGUCUUUUUUUCCAAGAAGAGUGGAUUGAUCACACACUUUAGUAUUUUACUCUUUUAUUUAAAAAGUGGGAACGCAGCAGGGGAGACAUGCUUUUAGAGGUGGUGGACUUGCUUACCUCCAGUAUAGUCCCAACCGAAGCUUUGCUGGCUGUUUUGGGUUUAAGGGCCAUGUUGGGAGGGGUUAAUGUAUAUUUGCUUCUAUUUAUUUGUCACAAAUUACCUUUUUAACUAAUAACAUGUAUAUUUGUUAAUCCCAUUUUUUGUAUGCUGUGGCUGCGCAAGUAAUGAUUGUGAUGCUUGAUAGAUUUCUGCUGAAUGUUUCCAGUUGGUGCAAGAUGUGUGAAACUGUUCCUUAGAGGGUAUUAGUUCUGACUCCAAUAACAUAACAUCAAAUACGGAAUAAAUAUAAUAUAAUCUUGCCUUUACCUAACAGUGCAGAAAACUGUAAUAAUAACCAUCCUUUAACAUUUAAACUAAGUAUAUCACCAUUAGUGAGUGACAUGUGCUUUACUGUAGGUGUUUUGCUCUAGAGACUCCAGGUCACCUACCUCUGCUGUUCACUUGUUCAAUCAACAAAUUUAGGUUAAAUUACAGUUUAAAUGCAUACAUUUUACCAUUUCAUAUUUUUUUUGUCCCCUCAGUGAGAAACUGAAGUAAAAUGGGCACUUAAUUAACAAUUGACAAACAUUCUGCACAACAUGCCGUGUGUCUUUUAACCCAGGCCCAAUUUCAUUCAGCCUUUCAUAUUAGUGAUGGACUAAGAUAAGGAAAAAGGCCUCAUGUAGAAACAAUGGAUGUGUACCAAGAGUUGGUAAAAAGUAAGUUAAGGUCUCAAGUCUUCCCUGAUCACAUCAUAGUUGGAACAUAAAGGGUCCAUAAAACAAGCCCUUUACAUGCAGACUGGAACCAGUGACACUAUAAUGGUAAACGUGUUUCUUAAAAAAAAGUAGACAGUGCCAAAAGGAUCCACCAGAGAUGGAUCAGCUGCAGUGGAGAGACAGGUGAAGUUAGAUUGGAGUUAUGUCGGGGCUUCUUGUGUAGGUAUACUGAGGACUAAGACAAAAAACUAAUUAAUAUAUCUUUGGGAACCUGGAAUCACAAUAUAGAGGCUUUUAUGCUUGUACAGUAAAACGGCAUUUUGGCUUAGACAUGGGUAAACUAGGUAGUUCUACCUAUUUUGAUUGGCACUGAACUUGACUACAUUUUGGACAACUAAACCCAGCUUAAGGACAAUUAAACCCAGUUUAAAUGUGAUUGACUUGGUCUUUGGUGAAGAGUCUUGUCUAAUAGAAUUAACAGUAUGACGUCUCAAUGUGAAAAAGAUCAUCUUUCCAUUCAAUGACCUAAAACUGUUACCAUUUAUACACUUUGCAUUUGACUUGACAAUGUUGCACAAGGACCACAAACUCCAAAACGUAUAUAAAAAAGGGAUUUAUUGAAGUGAAUGGGAAGGAAAAUUAAACAAUUUGGCUGAUGACAGUGGAUUUAACAUGGAGUGAAAAAUCACUGAGGUAGGCCAAUUUGACCAGUACGAAUAAUAGUGAAAACAAAGUCCAAAUAACUGACCGUUUUCCAGAGUUUACAUUUUGUAACAAUAAAAUUUCAAUGCACAUAAGUUGCGGUUGUAACCUCCGUUUAUAUCAAGUAUUUCUCUACACUACCACCACAAAUUCAAACAUUGCCACCUGUGUGUCACAGAAAAGAACAUGGGAAAAGUGAGGAUGAGUUUUGAUGUUGAACAUUUCUCUUUAUGGAAAGAUUAUGCAUACAAAGUUAUGUUCAAAUUCAAGAAAUUUCCUACUGCAUUUUUUAGAUAAAGCAGCAUACAUAUUUAAUAUCUUAUUACAAGUCAAAGUUUCACCUCAGUUGUCUGUUUAAUGUCUGCCGUCAUCAAAGAGAAUACAAAAAAAUAGAUUUGGUCAGUAUUUACAAGAACACGUAAUUUCCGAACUAUCAAAGCUGAGGGUUUAAGGAGGAGGAGCGGCUUUGACAAGGGCAGACAUUUUUUUGCUAAGAUUUUAAAAAUAUGCCCUGUGAGGGUCACACUGUGCAUGUUCAGACAGAAGUUUCACACCAGGACAGCAGAGAGUAUUGGCAUACUGGUGACACUACAAAUACAUAACUUACAUUUAAAAAAAAAAAAAAGAUAAAAGUAGAAUGCAAAAAUAAGUUUAAGAA